GGCGGCGGCGGCGGCGGGGGGAGCGCGGAGCGGCCCCGGGGAGCAUGGGGCGGGCGGCGGCAGGCACGGCGCUUGCUGUCCCUGUCCCUGUCCCUGUGCCUGCUGCUCGCCGCCAGCUUCGCCUGGGACGCGGCACCGGAGAGCUGCAACUGCAGCCAGCCCCUGGACUUCGAGGCUUUCCGGGCUGCCCCCCUGGCCGAGAGCUGCUGCCUCAACUUCAGCAGCUCCAACAGUCUCCCUGCUGGACUGGGGGGCUCUGCUGGGGGUGCAGGGGGCUGCGGGAGCUCGACCUCUCGCGCUGCGGCAUCGCGGCCAUCCGCAACGCGCAGGGCGUCCCCGUCACCCUGGAGGUCUUGCACUUGAGCCACAACCAGCUGGAAAGCCUCCCGGGGGGUUUUUGGAAGACGCCCCCAACUUGAGGAUCCUCUACCUGGACUGGAACCGGCUCCGGGAGCUUCCCCAAUCCUUCCUGAAAGCCUCAAGGCGGCUGCAGGAGGUCUACCUGGGCUAUAACGCCCUGACCUUCCUCCCCAGCAGCCUCCUGCAGCCGUCCCUGCGGCGGCUCCAGGUGUCCAACAACAGCUGGGACUGCAGCUGCGCCCUGCUCAGCGCCCUGCAGGGCCGGCCCGACCUGGCCACCGAGCUCACCUGCCACACGCCGCAGCGGCACCGCGGCGCCGAGCUCCUCAGCAUCCCCCGGGACGAGCUGUGCCGCUCGCACGGCCUCACCGCCCUCUUCAUCUGCCUGCCCCCCCUCCUCCUCCUCGCCACCAUCGCCUGCUGCUUCUGCAAGAGGAAGAGGAAAACCAACUACAGCUUUGGGGGCAGACACCCCCCCGUCGCCGCCGCCGCCGUGGAGAGGGGCAGCGCGCCGGUGCUCCCCGAAUCCCACCGCUACGUCCCCUACGAGCUGCCCGCUGCCCCCUCCGAGAAGGAGAAGAAGGUGCUGCUGGGGGGGGCGGCGCUGCCCCAGCCCUCCCAGGACCCUCUGGAGAGCAGCAGGGACCUGUACGAGGAGGUGGAGAUCCGGGUGGGAUCCCAGGUGCCGCCCCACUGAGGCGCAGCGGGGCGCGGGGCCGGGCACCCAGCGGGGAGCCCCGGGAGCUGGGGGGGAGGAAUUGGGGGGCAGCGGGGCCGAGGGGGACACGGUGAGCGUGAGCGAUGUCCUGAAGGACUCGGCCGACCGGGAGAAGAUCUACAUGAACCAGGCGACCAACUACUACAACCUGGUGCCCGGCAUCGAGCUGGAGGACUCGGACAACCUGGAGUACGAGAACAUCGACCUGCACUGAAUGGGGGGUGGGAUGCGGGACUCGGGGGGCAACAGGAGGUGGCUGUGGCUGGGAGAGGCCACGAGCCAUCCUGCCGUGGCUUGCAGUGUGUGGUUGUGAAGCUGCACCCCAAAAUUCCCCCCCUUUCUCCUGCGAUCCCGUGUGCGCCCCUCAAUUGCCACGUGCUGCGACUGGGCAGGGCUGUGAGCGGCUCUGAGCACCGGGGAGCUCUCUGCACAAGGUUUUUAGGGGCACAGGAAGGACGUGGAGAGGAGCUGGGGGCUGCCCCGUUUGAUUUUUAGGGCCAGGUGACAACAGUGUAUGUGCCAGGGCUGCUGUUUGCACGAGUGCUUGUGCACAUGCGUGUGCAAGGACUGGGCAUGGACAGCUCUGCUUGUGCCGCGCCCCGCCGGGCUUUUGUUUGCGGGGUGUCCAUAGGGUGCCACCGGAGCAGGGGGGCGCCCCUUGCAGCCUUCCCUCCCCGAUGUGCUGCCCAGCCCUGCCGGAGCCAGCUCCCGCUGCGAAAUAAAUCAUUUUACUCCUGGCACCGUGGCUGCGCCCCGUCUCUGCUGCGGUGGGUGCUGGCCCUCGGGGCUGAGCGAGCUGCAGCCCGUGAUUUACGGAUUUACAGCCUGGAGAAGGAAGCUGCCAGCCUGCCAUGGGCACCGUGCUCACCAGCUGGGGCAGGACGGGCUGGGGGUGCUGUAAAUUAUCUCCCUGCACAGCCCCGUGGGUCACAUCCACCCAUGGGUGCCUGCGGGGAUGCAGGGAGCCAGGUGCCCCAUACCCACGCCGCGUUCCCCAGCAGGACACGGAGCGGGGGCAUCGGGGAAUGCACCCAGGGCAUUUCCCAGGCUGGGAGCCCCCAGCUCCAUGGGUCGGAGCUGUGGCAGGCCGUGCUGGGCCCCGUGCCUGGCAGGAAGGGAGCCGGGCAGGGCGGGACGCGGCGCUAUGGCCGGCAAAGGAAGCGGCGUUUCCUGCCCGGCGCAGCCUCGCAGCCCGCGGUGCGAUGGAGCCACAGCCCCUGGUCUGGCUCAUUCCUAGCUUGGACUGGGGGGCACGAGCACCAGCACGGGCUGGGGACGAGGAUGGGAUGGGUUUGCUGCAUGUCCCACUGCUCCUCGGGGAUGUUUCCCACUGGUUCGUGUCCCUGCUGGGAGUGAGGGGCGCCCAUGGGCACCCCAGAAACACCCCACAGCCCCCCCCAGCCAGCUCAGCCCGGGGUCACGUUCCCAGGGCUGCCAGGAGGGGUGACAUCCUCCAUCCUUUCCCCUCCUCCUCGUGGAGCCUAAAUUCAGCCUGCAAAGGGGAACGGCCCAAACCACCCCGCUGGCUCCUGUGCAUGCCCAGGGCUGAGCCAGCAGCUCCCACCGAAAUCUCUGGUGGCGGGGAGGUGUGACCAACCCGCAAUUCCCUCUUCCCUGCCCGUGACAGCUCCAAUCCAUCACCUGGAGGGCUCGGCCGAUGGGUUCACACCGGGGUAUUUAGGGGCGAAGGUGCUGAUAGGGACGUGCAGAGCAGCGUGGGGAGGGCGUGGGGCGAGCCAGCCCAUGGGCACCGGUGCUUGGUGUGACACCGAGGACACAUCCCGGCUGGCAGCCUGUACCCCGCUGCUCCCCCGGCAGUGAGAUUGUCAUCCGUGCCACAAUGACCGUCUCCUACACGCUGAAAGUCGCCGACUCCCGUUUUGGGGGCUUCUCCAAGCUGCUCUUCCGCUGGAAGGGCAGCAUCUACAAGCUGCUGUACAAGGAGUUCGUCGUCUUCAUGGUGCUGUACGCGCUGCUCAGCAUCGUCUACCGGCGGCUGCUGACCGAGGAGCAGAAGCAUCUCUACACCAAAGUGGCUCAGUACUGCAACCGCUCCACGGACCUCAUCCCCAUCUCCUUCGUCCUAGGUUUUUACGUCACCCUGAUCGUGAACCGGUGGUGGGCGCAGUACACCAGCAUCCCCCUCCCCGACCAGCUGAUGUGCAUCAUCUCCAGCAACGUCCACGGCAAGGAUGAGCGGGGUCGGAUCCUGCGGCGCACCCUGAUCCGCUACGCCAACCUCUCGGCCGUCCUCAUCCUGCGCUCUGUCAGCACCAGGGUGCUCAAGCGCUUCCCCACCAUGGACCACGUGGUGGAAGCGGGCUUCAUGACGCAGGACGAGCGCAAGAAAUUCGAGAGCCUGCACUCGGACUUCAACAAGUACUGGGUGCCCUGCGUGUGGUUCACCAACCUGGCGGCACAAGCCCGGCGGGACGGCCGCAUCCGCGACGACGUGGCCCUGCGCCUGCUGAUGGACGAGCUGAACGCGUACCGGGCCAAGUGCAGCAUGCUGUUCCACUACGACUGGAUCAGCAUCCCGCUGGUGUACACGCAGGUGGUCACCAUCGCCGUGUACUCCUUCUUCGCCUUCUGCCUCAUCGGGCGGCAGUUCCUGGAGCCGCUGGAGCCGGGGCAGGAGGGGGAUCUGGACAUGUACGUGCCCCUCCCCACCCUGCUGCAGUUCUUCUUCUACGCCGGCUGGCUGAAGGUUGCCGAGCAGAUCAUUAACCCCUUUGGGGAAGACGACGACGACUUCGAGACCAACAAGCUGAUAGACAGGAACCUGCAGGUGUCCCUGCUCUCGGUGGAUGACAUGUACCAGAACCUGCCACCAGCCGCCAAGGACAAGUACUGGAACGAGUCCACGGCUCAGCCCCCCUACACCACGGCCACCGCUGCCGAGACCCUGAAGCCUUCCUUCCUGGGCUCCACCUUCGACAUGCGCAUGUGCGAGGACGCGGAGCAGAGCCAGCUGGUGGAGGCCUCGCCAAACAUGCCGCGCACCCAGACGCCCCUGCUCGGCCGCUUCCUCGCCGCUGCCUCCCCCGCCAUCAGCAUCAAAAAUUUCGGCCGGGGCGGCCGAGCCACCCCCCACCUGCGGAGAGCCUUCCCCUCCCCGCACCCCGAGGACCCCGAGGCUGUGGAUCGCAUCGAGGAGGAGGAGACGGAGGAUGAGGAGAGCCGGGGCAGUGGGCCCCCCACGCCGGGUGGCCCCCUGGGGGGACCCCAGUCACCAAAGGCCUCCAAAAUUCGGAGGAAGGAGCCGCCAAUGGUCCUGGUGAAGGCUCCGUCCAGCGAGAGCAUUGGGGCUGAGCGCCCAGGGGGCUGGGAGCCCUGAGGGUGCCCUGAUGGCACCCCUGACCCUGUCCCCAGAUACCCCCUUGUGCCCCCUGCAUGUUUUUAGCCCCAAAACUGCAGGAUUCAGCUCGUGUGCGUGGUGAUGCCACUGACUGGCACGGCCACGCUCCCUCCCUGCUACCAGGAACCAAGAGGGGACAGGGACAACCCAGACACCGAGCAAGGGACAGGACAACGGCAUUCAGCACCGUGCUGAUGUCCCCGCAGUAUCAAUAAAGCUGCUGCCAGCUCCAGCUUUCAGGUUCGUUCUUUCUUGGAGUCGCAGGGUGUUAGACCAGGCGACAGAGCCAGCUGCUGUAAAGCAGAAGGGCACACACACCCCUGGCCAGCUGCCACCCCGUCCCGUUCCCAUGUCACACCUCCGGCAGGGUGACAGUGCCAGCUCCGUUCCCACGGGCCGUUGCCCUUGGCUGCCGUUUCGGAGCAGACACCAGCGCAAUUUAUAAGCACCACGCGUUGAUGAAUUG